ACCAAACCGAAGAGUUUCGUUUGGGUUUGGUUUCUAGUUUUGUUUCGAGUUUCAGUUUCGUUUUCCCUUUUGUUUCUUUUCCUGUUUGUUCCAACCAAAAAACAAAUAAGGAUUUUUCUUCUGUUCCUGUAAAUUAUUUCGAAAUUUCUUUUUUUUUCUUCUAUCAAAUUCAGGACUUGAAAAAACAAUUAUCAUCAUCCUCUCGUCUGUGGAUUUCCUGAUUUUUUCUCAUCGAUCGACGCUGGCCUAAAAAAGAAUAAAACGAGAAACAAAAGACCUCCGAUUUUCGAAUUAACGAGCUGUUCGAUUUUCCGAUGGACGUUUGAGAUUGAAUAGGCUACGCAAUUUAUUAACAUGACGACAAUACCCUUGAAACCAAAGCAAACGCACACAGAAGAAGAAAAGAAACCAUGGGUUCUGAACAAAAUGAAGGAACCAGUUUUCCACCAUCCGAGCCAAAACUUUGCGCCAACGGCUGUGGAUUUUUUGGCACGGCGGCGAAUAUGAACCUCUGCUCCAAGUGUUAUCGGGAUCUCCGGGCUGGGGAGGAGCAAGCUGCAAAGGCGAAAGCUGCCAUGGAGAAAUCCCUCAGUGUCAAAACGAAGCAGGAAGAUGUUAUUGUGGAGACUUUUAAGCCUGUUGAGGAGCUGCCUCAUGUGGGUUCCUCAUCGAUGGCGGUUGAGCAACAACCGGCUGUUGUUGUCGCUGGUAAUGAACAGGCAGAGCCAAAGGCGGCGAACAGGUGUUUUAUCUGUCUAAAGAAGUUUGGAUUGACUGGGUUUAAGUGCAGGUGUGGGAGCACAUUCUGCGGCGAGCACCGGUACCCGGAAAAGCACGAGUGCUCCUUUGAUUUCAAGGGUGCUGGACGUGAUGCGAUUGCAAAGUCAAAUCCUGUCGUCAAAGCUGAUAAGUUGGAGAGGUUCUGAAUGGGUUUCUUGGAUGCAGUUUGCGGGAGUCGGUAUUUUUGAAUGGGUUUGCCUUUUUCUUUCUGGACCUCUCGGCUGCUCGAGGGUUCUGUUAGAUUUAGGUUCAGUGGGUAAUUGCAGGGUGUUUUAAUGUUCGUGCUAGUGUUUUGCGGGGCUUUGGAUGAUUGGGGCAGUAUUGGGGCGGCUUUGGUUGAUUCCAUAAUAAAAAUGGAUCAAUGAAUGUUUAGCUCUCAGUUUACUUUGAAUGUUUGUGGCUUGAUUUUCAGUAUAUCCAUAUUUAUUAGAUAUAUAUUAUAUAAUUUUUAUUCUAUCCA